UCAUGUUGCACCUCGUUGUGUGCACUUAGUGACGUUUAAUUAUAUAGCCAAUCAUUUUUUCACCUACGACGUGUUUUUUUACACUUCGAAAAUUAAAUUGUUUUGGUAGUUCUGCUUGCUGCACUGCGCAGUACGAAAACUGCGCACGAGCAAAGACACGUGUUAUAUCGCGUUGUCUGCAAGUGUCGAAAAAGCAUCAGCAUUCUCGAUCCUGCAGUAAUUACAAAGUAUACAUUUUGAUUAGUUAUUUCUCAGAGUCUAUAGUAUCGGUUCAAUAAUGAGUAAAAUUGAAAUUAAUAAGGAGAUUGUACUCCUUCGAAAAAGUGUAGAACAAGCUAAAGUUCAUGUCAUCAAGAAGCACACAAGGGAAAUCAUGAAAUUAAGAAAUUACAAAGGUCCUGAAAGUCAAAAGAACAAGAGAUUACGAAAAGCAGGCAGAAGAGCUGCUGAAAUUUUGGCAAUUAAAAAUGUAAAAAAUGAUGAAAUAACAAAAUAUGUUUUAACGCAUCCUUUAAACUUGAAACAAGUGUUAAAUGACAGGCAGUCGCAAUUGUUGACACGAAUAAUGGCAAGAAUAGCAAAUCACAAGACAUUCAGUCAGAAAAUUGAUGACUUAAAAAAGAAAUACCCUAAUUACAUACAAUUUUUAGAACCAGGCAGGAAGAAAAAAGCAAUAAUAGAAUGGAAAGAGAAGAAAAAGUUGAAAAAGAAGGAAGCUAAUCUAGAAAGUUUUGACCAAUUGUCAGAAAAUGAAGAAUCAGAAGAUUUUAGUGAAGAGGAAAUUAGCGAAAGUAAAGAAAGCGAUGCUGAAUCAAGUAGUGAAUCUGUUUUAAAUAAAACAGAACAAUUACAAAACGAAAUCAAAGACAGUAAAAAAGAGAAGAAUUUCGAUAAAAAAAUAUUUAUAACUGAUAUUAAAAAGAUAGUUAAAAAUAAUAAAAAUGUUGUAAAAAACCUUGAAAAAGAGAAAACUGAAAAUGUAUCUACAAAUAACGUUGGAAAGAAAGCUAAAACUAUUGAGAAAGUUGUAGAAGGGUCUGAUAUAACAGGAACUUUACAAAUUAGCAAAUCAGAAAAAGCGCAAAAGCGCAAAAAGGAAGCUAGUGAAACAAAACAAGAUAUUCCAAGUCCCAAAAAAACGAAAAAGAAGAAAAAGACUGACAUUACCAAAGUAAUAAGUAAGCAAGCAGUUGUCAAGAAGUUUACGGAAAUUUUGAAAGAGGACAAAUGCAGUGUAGAUAAAGAAGAAAUCGAUAAAGAGGCGGCUGAACCGAGUAUACAGGUAGAAAAAGAAGAAGAUCCCUUCUUUGUCACCGGUGACGGUCGAUCAAAUUAUUUCAGCGUAGCUCUAAUAAAAACUAAAUCAGAUAAUCAACGGAAUGAUUACGAUGAGGAUGAGGAUGGUAGUUAUGGAAGUAGACUCAACAAACAGAAAUUAUCGCGACAGGACAAGUAUUUCAACAAAUUACCAAAGUUCAAGAAUGGCAACUCUGAAAAAGCAAACACACGGUGGGACGGCCCAAAGAGAAAUGGCAAGACGUACGACAAAGAAAAGCCCGGAAGGAACGCGAACUUCAGCAAAUUGAAUGACAAGCAGAGGGACAAAUCAAAGCCAUUCAGGAAGCAGUCAAAGGGCGGCAUUGAAAGUACCAGCAAUGAAAUUUUGCAUCCGUCAUGGGAAGCCAAAAAGAAGCAGCAGGAAGCGCUCAAAAAAGGAUUUCAGGGGAAGAAAAUUGUAUUCGGUGACGAUGACGUAUAAGAUAUACUUACUUCCGGGAAAAUCACUUUUGAACAAUACAUAUCGCUGGUCGGUUGAAGUGUAAUAGGGUUAUUUUUUGAUACAGUACAAUCUACUUUAAAUACUCUUUUUUUUAAUAAAGAAAUUUAAAUUGAAGUAAUCUACGAAAUGUUUAUUAAAACCACUACAAAUCAAUACUUUUAUUGAAAGUAAAAUUCGAUUCCGCUUUAAGUGAAUAACUAUUUUUUUAAAACAAUCACUUUUUCGAUUGGAAAAGUUGUUAAUUUUUACCAUUAAUAUUAGCAGUCACUUGUAGACACUUAUUUCAUUCUCACCUGACAUAUAUGAAUAUAAACUUUUUGUACAGCACUGCUUAAAUAAAUAAGCUUACAAAUAAAGAUUGUGUACAUUUUAUUUUGAUGUUAACAAUUAAUACAAAGAACGUCAACAAAUGAUCUUGCAUUUCCGUGUAAAAAAAGCACCAGUUUGCUCUAUCUGUCCCUUAUUGUGUAACGAGAAGGGGGGGGGGACAACAAGACACUGUACAAAACAAGGAAAUGGAAGAAGGAAGGAAGGAAGGAAAGAAAAAGAAGGAAGAAAGGAAGGAAAGAAAAAGAAGGAAGGAGGAAGAAGACAUUUUCCUCCGAUUCUGUCUGAAUAAAAAAAAAUAGACAAUGGGCCGAGGAAGAAGAAGAAAAAGCGGAAGUGCGGAAGCAGUUGUUGUCGCCGAGGGAUGGAAAUCUGGUAAUUAUUUCUUUUUGGACAAGGUCCUCUGCUUCUCAGCGUGAGUGACGAGUUGCGAGUCGAGCGGAAGUCCCUUCCUUCUGCGCACAGCAUCCAUGUAGCGCUUGGCCCGGUUUCCGCUGUCGGCCUUCUCGCCGAAGUGCAGGUACUCCUCCUCGGUCGAGGGCACCCAGUAAGGAUCCUGCUCGAUCACCUGCAGCACGGAGAAACCAACAAGAGAGAAGCGUGAGAACCAAAACUCGGCACAACCAGCGACAUGUGCAAGCUGCACAUGUGCUGCUGCAGCGCGUUGGGGGAGGAGGCUUCGCGAGCACACACGGACCUAUGCGUGCAUCAAACCCUCUACAGGCAGCAGCGCACGCGGCUGCCGCUGCUCGCUGCCUUUAAAUUGAUUCUUUACGGCUCGCGCGCGCUUACGUUUUUGUUUGGGCUUCUUCUCAUUCUUCAUCCUUUUUCUCUUCUCGGGUGUGGUUUUCAGUGGUUUUUGGAGGUGUCGUCGUAUUCAGAUUUUUACUCUCCCUUCUCGACAAAGAUUGAUUCGAAUUUCAGACGAGCCUAAUUGCUUUUUAAUGUUGCGCGAUUUUCGGAUUAUACUUUCCCUUUUUUCCUUUAACAAAGAAGGUAAUUUAAUACUUUUCUUUUCGUUUUAAGAUUGUUUGUCACGCUGGUUCUGACUCGAGGUGACCUAUUUAUUCCUGAACAAUAAAUAUGUAAAUUGUUUGUAAAUCGAUACGGAGAUAAACUUUAUU